GAGGCUGCAGAGGAGGCUCCUAGCGUGUGUGUGCACGCCUCGUGCGUUCCUACUCCGUUCUCUGCACAGCCGCGUCACCCAGAUUACUUCCCGGGCAGAAGCCGAGCGGGUUUGCGAUGAUUUGUGCAGGAUUUUUUGCAGCCUCCGAGCCGCGCUCAGAGAAGCAGAGAUGGAUGGAGAGCAGGACCCCGAGCGGUCACAGGGCCCCGGGCUCACCAUGGCCGACGCAGACGACGGCUUUGGCCUGGCUCACACACCCCUGGAACCAGACUCCAAGGAUCUACCCUGUGACUCAAAACCCGAGAGCGCGCUAGGGGCCCCCAGCAAGUCCCCGUCGUCCCCGCAGGCCGCCUUCACCCAGCAGGGCAUGGAAGGGAUCAAGGUGUUUCUCCAUGAAAGAGAACUGUGGCUGAAAUUCCACGAAGUGGGCACGGAAAUGAUCAUAACCAAGGCUGGCAGGCGGAUGUUUCCCAGUUACAAAGUGAAGGUGACCGGCCUGAAUCCCAAAACGAAGUACAUUCUCCUCAUGGACAUUGUUCCCGCCGACGACCACAGAUACAAGUUCGCAGAUAAUAAAUGGUCUGUGACGGGCAAAGCGGAGCCCGCCAUGCCGGGCCGCCUCUACGUGCACCCGGACUCGCCGGCCACUGGGGCGCAUUGGAUGCGGCAGCUCGUCUCCUUCCAGAAACUCAAGCUCACCAACAACCACCUGGACCCAUUUGGGCAUAUUAUUCUAAAUUCCAUGCACAAAUACCAGCCAAGAUUACACAUCGUGAAAGCGGACGAAAAUAAUGGAUUUGGCUCAAAAAAUACUGCGUUCUGUACCCACGUCUUCCCUGAGACUGCGUUUAUUGCGGUGACUUCCUACCAGAACCACAAGAUCACCCAGUUAAAGAUUGAAAAUAAUCCCUUUGCCAAAGGAUUCCGGGGCAGCGAUGACAUGGAGCUGCAUAGAAUGUCGAGAAUGCAAAGUAAAGAAUAUCCCGUGGUUCCCAGGAGCACAGUGAGACAGAAAGUGGCCUCCAACCACAGUCCUUUCAGCAGUGAGCCUCGAGCUCUCUCCGCCUCAUCCAACUUGGGGUCCCAGUACCAGUGUGAGAAUGGUGUGUCUGGCCCCUCCCAGGACCUCCUACCCCCACCCAACCCGUACCCGCUGCCCCAGGAGCACGGCCAAAUUUACCACUGCACCAAGAGGAAAGCAGAUGAAGAAUGUUCCACCACAGACCAUCCCUAUAAGAAGCCCUACAUGGAGACAUCGCCCAGUGAAGAGGACCCGUUCUACCGCUCCGGCUACCCCCAGCAGCAGGGCCUGGGUGCCUCCUAUAGGACAGAGUCAGCCCAGCGGCAGGCCUGCAUGUAUGCCAGCUCUGUGCCGCCCAGCGAGCCCGUGCCCAGCCUGGAGGACAUUAGCUGCAACGCCUGGCCCAGCAUGUCCUCAUACAGCAGCUGCACGGUCACCACCGUGCAGCCCAUGGACAGGCUACCCUAUCAGCACUUCUCUGCUCACUUCACCUCGGGGCCCCUGGUCCCCCGGCUGGCUGGCAUGGCGAACCACGGCUCCCCGCAGCUCGGAGAGGGAAUGUUCCAGCACCAGACCUCCAUGGCCCACCAGCCUGUGGUCAGGCAGUGUGGGCCUCAGACUGGCCUCCAGUCCCCCGGCAGCCUUCAGGCGUCGGAGUUCCUGUACUCUCACAGCGUGCCAAGGACCCUGUCCCCGCAUCAGUACCACUCGGCCGUGCACGGAGUCGGCAUGGUUCCAGAGUGGAAUGACAGCAGCUAAGGCGAGGCCUGCUCCUUCACCGCCAUUUCCAGAGGGAGGGGAGAGAGGGAGAGGGACAGUCGCAGGGAGAACCCCAAGGACGAGAU